AUGGUCCGCGAAAUCUUGAGCAUUGCAGCACGAGAGUAUCUACACACGCAGUCGUCCGAGUGCUUCGUGCCCUCCGAGAGCCUCCGAGGCUCCGAGCCUUCCGAGUCAGUGCGUAAUCAUGGCGUCGAAUCUAUCCGGACGAUCCCUAGGAGAAGCUUGAAAGGGUCUGAGUUUGAUGCCGGCUUUACUUACGACUCAUCCACCAGUUCUAGCAGUCCCGCCAAUGACACCCUCACUGAUGCGUAUUGGCCAUACACGCUCGACAACGGGUUUGCUAACGACUGUCUCACUGUUCCUGGGCUGUGUCAAGGAAAAGUCAAAUUACCUGGCAUGUGGGAAAUUCCCAUGUAUGGUAUCUUUGAUGAAAAGCAAGCCGGUGGCGUGCACUUGAUGGACCCAUGGCUCGAUGACCCUGACCCAAACAAGGUACUCGAAUGGAUGAAAUCUACCUUCCUGGCCCAUUAUAACGGCAACCGCCAACCAUUUGGACUGUACACCCACCCCAUCCAUCUUGCUACCGGCUACCCGGGUGUUACCGAUCCGAAGGCCCAGAUCAACAUGGUCAAUCAGUUCCUCGACUGGGCCCAACAGAUGCAGGGUGUUUGGAUUAUCAGCAAUGCGCAACUUCUCGAAUGGGUCAAGCAUCCUGUCCCUAUGAGCAAUCUCAACUCGGUGUCCGCAUUAGGCUGCUCGACCCCAUCUGUCGCUGAGAAGAUCUGCAACGGCAUGCCCGAUAACGAGAAGGGCCUGCUUCAGAAUUGUCCCUUCAGUGAUUUCCCCUUCACCACGUGUUAUGGAUGUCCUUCGGUGCCACCAACGCCCAGCAACCCGUUACCGCCUCAAACUGGUAGCAACCUUCGACACCGAUUGCCCGCCAACUGUUCGACCCCGUUCUGGGACCCGAUCGGCAACAAGUGUCUCUGCACCUCAAGUGCCUGUCAAUUCAGCGACAUGACGCGACCCAUUGGCCCCAACGGAGCCAACUUAACUGGCGGCGGCACUGGGGGCAUGUCUGAUGGCUCGGGAAAAACCAUCUACACCCCCUUCAAAAAGAACUCAGCUGAGGCUCGGCUCAAUGUCAACCGCGCCGUCACCCCUGCUCUCGUGAUUGCUGCCCUGUCGUUCUUGUUACUUUGA